AAUUCAGUCUUUGAAUAGAACCCCAUUGUUGUGACUUAGGAAUGGAUACUAGUGCCUUUGCUGGACCAAUUAUUGUGGAGCCACAUAUCACAGCAGUAUGGGGGAAGAAUGUUUCACUGAAGUGUUUAAUUGAAGUGAAUGAGACCAUAACACAAAUUUCAUGGGAAAAGAUACAAGGCACAAGUACACAGACUGUUGCAGUUCAUCAUCCUCAGUAUGGAUUCUCUGUUCAAGGAGAGUAUCAAGGAAGAGUCUCGUUUAAAAAUUAUUCAUUUAAUGAUGCAACAAUUACUCUGCAUAAUAUAGGAUUUUCUGAUUCCGGAAAAUACAUUUGCAAAGCUGUUACUUUCCCGCUUGGAAAUGCCCAGUCCUCUACAACUGUUACUGUGUUAGUUGAACCCACUGUGAGCCUGAUGAGAGGGCAAGAGUCUUUAAUUGAUGGAGGAAAUGAAACAAUAGCAGCCAUUUGCACAGCAGCCAAUGGAAAACCAGCUGCAAAGAUUGACUGGGAAGGUGAUCUUGGUGAAAAGGAUUCCUCUACAGUUUCUUUUCCAAACGAAACAGCAACGAUUGUCAGCUGGUAUAAACUGUUUCCAACCCGAUUUGCUAGAGGAAGGAGAAUCACUUGUGUUGUAAAACAUCCAGCCUUGGAAAAGGACAUCCGAUAUUCUUUUGUGUUAGAUAUACAGUAUGCCCCUGAAGUUUCAGUAACAGGGUAUGAUGGAAAUUGGUUUGUAGGAAGAAAAGGUGUUAAUCUCAAGUGUAAUGCUGAUGCAAAUCCACCACCCUUUAAAUCUGUGUGGAGCAGGUUGGAUGGGCAGUGGCCUGAUGGCUUACUGGCUUCAGACAAUACUCUUCAUUUUGUCCAUCCACUGACUUUCAAUUAUUCUGGUGUUUAUGUCUGUAAAGUGACAAAUUCCCUUGGUCAAAGAAGUGAUCAAAAGGUCAUCUACAUUUCUGAUGCUCCUCUUAAGCAGACAUCUUCCAUAGCUGUAGCUGGAGCUGUGAUCGGAGCUGUCCUUGCCCUUUUCAUCAUUGCUGUUUUUGUGAUUGUGCUGCUGACACCUCAGAAAAAGAGGCCAUCCUACUUGGACAAAGUGAUCGACCUUCCUCCCACACAUAAACCACCUCCUGUAUAUGAAGAAUGCUCCUCACCUUUGCCUCAAAAAGACCUUCUUUAUCAGACGGAACACUUGCCUCUACAAACUGAAUUCAAAGAAAGAGAUGUUGGCAAUCUUCUGCCCUUUAAUGGACUAAGUAGCAAGAGAUUUGACUAUGAAGAUGAGAACUCAGUGGGAGAAGAUGGAAUUCCGCAGAUGUACCCCCUUUACAAUCAGAUGUGCUACGAAGAGCCGAGCACUGGCAAACAUCUAACUACCGACCCUGAGAAAAUCUACAUUAACCCGCGAGAACAUUAUGUGUGAUUUUUUUUUCAAUUUCCAGUGGGUAUUCUAACAAAUGUUUAGUCUUAGAUUGGGGAGAGAAAAGUGAGGCCAAUAGUUAUUUUAUUCUCUCUAACAGUCCCAAUCUAAGUGUAUUAAAAGUCUUGAUGAAUGGCUUGGAGCUAAUAGCAGAUUUCUUUCCUUCAUUAGAAAUUUCUUAACUAACAGCUGUGUUUGUGAACUUGACUGUCACUUUGUGUGUUUCUGUGACGCUGGUGUUUAACUACUAACAUUUGGCCUAUGAUAGAAUGUUCAUUUGAAAGUGCAACAUCUUCCUUUGAUGACUGCAGUGAUUCUUCAGAAAGAGAGGCCCCAGCUGGUAGCGUUAACCUCACUGGGUCUCAGGAAGCCAGCCUGUUCCUCUGUAAUUCAAACGGGUAGAAAAAUGAGUUCCAAAUCCAUUUCAAUCGUUGUUUAGCUAGAAUUUAGAUUUCCCUGACUUGCAGAAUAUAAUUACAAUACCUUUGUACAAAUAGAGGUCCAAGAAAAGAGACAAAAUUGGCUUUUUAUCCAGAACGACAACAAAAAUCAUUUUAAACUGUCAAAGCUGUGGGUUGCUUUUUAUAAGGUCCUGAGGGAUCCACCAUCCCUCCUGUUUACUGCCCCCUCAUAACCAGCUGUGUGGAAUCCAGGUUCAGCUCUUGCUCUGUCAUUGUUCUACAACCCUGUUGUUUAUCUGCAGAUUCACCUGUGUCCUACUUACUAAGUUCUAAAAGCCCUGCCUGAAUGGUGUGUAGCCCUUUCCCUCCCUUCUCUAGAGCAAGCUCAGCUGCCACUUCUGAAAUUUCUUUCAAACUAAUCUCAAUCUACACAAGCUUUAGCCACCCUUCUGUGUUCUUCAGACUACUUAUCUUCCAUGUUUUAUCUACCUCAGAAAAGACUACUGGAAAAUCACCAUGAAAUAAGUCCUGCUCUUAAAAGCAAGGUGGAAAAUUUGAAAAGUCUUUUAAAAAGCUAUUUCAAUAUGCAGUGUAUGCUAAAAUCACAUGUCCUAUAUUCUUCUUUCCUUACUUUGGUCAACAAGAGUGAAGAGAUGCCGAAAAACAAGUAACACAGUAUAUCCCACAACACAUCGAUGUCUGCAAACAUCUGCUUGAGAGUUCUCAUAUCCCUUUGUCAACUUUCAUCACCAAAAUUGACUGUACUAAUUACAGUGGGGUGAGCAGAGACAGAGGAUCUCAGGUACACAUGCUAAUGGCAGUCACUCUCCCUCACAUCUUAAAAAAAGUGUAAUUUUAUUGUGCAUUCUGGAAGAUGUGGUGUAUCACAGAUUUUAAAAAAAACCUACAAGCUUCUCAUGUAUUAAGAAAGAUAGCAUAAGCACUGAGAUAAAUGGAAUAGGACAUGUUUCCAAGCUACAGUGCAAGGGGAAAGAAUAUUAACAUAGAUUUCUAAUGAGAUGCCAAAGACAAGUUAGGAUUCAUGUUGUGCUGACUUUAGAUCUUAUUUGUUUUUCUACUUCCCAUGCUUUGUAAGACAAACUCUAAAUGUUAUUCCACAAUAGUAAUACACUCUCCGCCAUAAUUUGGGUGAACAACAGUUCUGGGAAAAGCGUGUUUCAAUUUCAUCUCAAUGCUUUGGCUAGGUGAUAAGCAAUUUUUGAAGACAAUAGCUGUAGAGUAUCAAAGGGUAAAUUCUAAUGACCCUCUGAUGAAUCCCUGUGCUACCUCAGAGUAAGAGUUUACUGCCCUUUGUAGAAAAAAAGAUAGUCAACUUUAUUACUUGAAAUGCCAUCACUGAGCUAGUGUAACUGAACGUAUAAGAAUCUGAAAUAUUUCUCCACUAAUAAAAAUCACUAUGGUCAGAGCUCUCCUUAGCAGCAAAGUAUCUCAUAAAUUCUGGAUGUUAUGGAGAGGAUACAGUGGUGUAUCGCCUCUAGAAAGCUUUAAAAUGUCCUACAUUCCGGAUGGUGUUGAGUGUACUACUGGGAAGUAGGUUGUUGAAUCAGCUUGACAAAACCACACUGGACACUGGGAGAGUAGAGAUGUCUUCAUUUGCACCACAGGAAGGGAUUUGGAAGCACAAAAUUUCAGGAGCCCUUUGUCCCAGUUCUGAUAGCCCUGUGAGAAAUCCACUGUCUACUGUCAUUUCUUGGUUUCGUUAUAGAAAAGGAAUUUUAGGAUGUAGACACCUCUCAUGCAGCAAGUAAGUUUAAUAUUGUCUUUAUGUGUUGGCUAUAAUAUUUCUUGAACAAACUGGUAGAUUUUAGAGCCAUUGGCCCUUUGCAUGGAUCAUAUAAUAGCUAGUCCUUGUGCUCACCAUCUGUUCUCUCUAAAAACCUUGUUAAAUAAAGAGGAGCUUUAAAAAGAUUUGAUUAGCCAGCCCCUCAACCAAAAAAAAUGCCAUCCAAAAUUAGCCUGUAGACCUCUAAAUUUGGAGUGUAGACUACUUGCCAAUGCUGUUUUAAUUUUGAAGUUAGACUUUUACAGCUUAGUGAGGUAGGCUGAAGUAUAUGAUUCACAGCUGAUAUUAGAUACUCUUUCCAUAACUGGUUUACUAAAACCCAAACAGAAAAAAAAAGAAAUCGCUGUAGCAUGUACUGCUUUUGGUUGCAGCCUUGGAUUCCAAGGAAAAGGGGAGCACACUCAUCUUAAACACAGCCUUUAUUGCCUAUUUUAUAUGCAGUCCAUCCCCAGGACUGCACACCACACUGACCCAAAAUGUCUGCACCAGCUAGGACUGACCUGACAAGUGGGUUAGGAAUCUAACCCAGCAGGGUUCUAUUUUCUAUGAGGAUUCACCCUUUGACUGGCCUUCUUACAUGUUCCAAAUUUAAAGAAGUCUGUGCUCUUUGGGAGCACAUAAUAUGAAAUUCUUACCUGUGCUAGGUUUCUCUAUAACAUAAAAAUAAUAGUGAUUAAAAAUACGCCGUAAACUAAAUGAACCAGUCCCCUCAUUAUUUUCUGUGGUCUUACUCAUAGGAACAGGAUAGGUCUUCAUCCUUCUAUUGAAAAUGAUUUCCUAAGUCCUCCUUUGUAGCAGUGUAAAAUUCACAGUUUUGUUUGUGAUUGUUUAGUCUUUCCCUGUCCUGUGCCGGUUUGCUGGUGCUAUUCUUCAUGUACAAAAGAUCCUACUUUCAAGCUUCCUAGUCCCUGUGGUGCAGACAAAAUACCAUUAUGCCAGCAAUCAAAAGAACAGGUUCAACUCCUGGCUUUGCCCCUUUCUAGCCAUAGAAGCUUAGGCAAUUCACUUAACCUAUCUAAGGUAUCAGUUGUCCCCAUCCGUAAAGCAGAGAUUAUAAUACCUUUCCUGCCAGCCUCUCGGAAGUGUGGGAAUUAAACAAAGUGAUAAUAGAUGAGAAAUUGUAAGUUCUCUUUAAGUUGACAAGUGCCUGUGACUCUCUUACUGUUGCAUGUCAAAGCUAAAUUUCCAGUGCCCUUGCCAGCAUUUAGAGGACUGUAGUGUCCCUGGGGGAGAACCAGGAAGCAAUGUGAAAAUUGCAGUUUGACUUACUUUGGGUACAGCUGAGUGCAGAUGGCAAGAUAUUCCUUUUAUAAUGAAUAUGUGUCAUAUGGAAAGCCUCUUAUCUGAAUCUCAUCCUUUUAAGUCUGAAAAUGUAUGGUGCUAUGACCGGUGAUUACUCUCAUUUUACAAAUUACUACUAGUAACAGUUUACAUUAUCGAGUGGAUAGUAUGGACAAAAUUCUAGAGAAAGCACCCUUCACAUAUCAUCUCACUCCUACUUUGUCCUGUUUCCAGGAGCCCCUCACAACAUGCAACGAUAAGUCAUGCUCACCAUUGGUCAGUUGCUACGUCUUUCAAAUCUGCUUUUGAUUUUAGGGAAUAUAGAAUUGCCUUGAUUUCCUUUAUUUUAUUUUAGUUUUUAUUUGCUUUAUUUUAAAGCAAAGACAUAAAAGGGUAUAUGAAAAAAAGCAACCUUAAGUUUUAAAAAUGAAAGCAAAUGCAUAUGCUCAUUUUUAGUGUUUGACCUCCUCUAAAUUUACAGAAGACUCACCUACAUUAUAUUAACCAUCAUUACAAAAACAACCACCCAAAUAAUCAAAACCACUCUUCCCCACUUGCUUCAGUUUCAUUGGACAGAAACAUCUCUACCAGACCUUCCUCAGUUUAGUUCCCUGAUAUACAGUACCCGUUGCUGUUUGUCUCACCUUUACCGAACUCGCAGGGGUGAUAACACUUGUAAAGUAGACAGCUAUAAAGAAAGGUGUCUUGGGUAGAAAGCCAAGAGAAAAGCAGGAGCAUGGGAAGUAGACAUAGCAGGGUCACUAUCUUUGUGCUGCUCUUGUCCCUGUGCUUCACUGGCAAGCCCUCCCUUUAUCACAGGUCAUUUAUAGACCUUAUAGAAGACACAAGAACUUGCAUCCCUGGUAAACUAGAAACUAAUUUUAUGACUGGGCCAAUCUUGUGACACCUCUUAAAAUGUAUGGAAUUCGAACAUUUACAACUGCUAGAUUGAGUAGUCCUCUGUAGAUAAAGAUAUGUGAGGGCAUAUGUCUUCUCUUACCCUCACCAGGUAACAUUCUGCACUGAACACAGGUCUUAGACCAAGCACUGGGUCAUGCAAGUUUCUAAGCAGGCAAGCACCAGAACAGCCAUCCAACCUGUCCUAUAAGCUUGAAAACAUCCCAACUCUGUCCUAUCCUCCUACACAUUGAAGCAACAUCCUACCUAAGAGUUUUAAUAGCAGUGAGUCCAAUAAUAUUUAAGCAGAUUCAGACAACCAAUUGACUAUUUGACUUCUACACUGAAUGAAAGGAAUCCUGGGUCCAUUGGGCUCAUUCAUACAAGGGCUGGAGUGUCCUACCCUAUUAGGGCCAGUACACAUACCUUUAACAUCACUAUUGACCACUGAAAACAUUUACUUAUUAGCAAAGUCUUUGGUGUUGAGCUACAGAUAAAAGUUUCAGGGUAACAGCCUCUGAAGUGACCAGAGCUUUUCAAAGGCGACAGCUCUCCAAGGGUGUAUUCUGCAUAGGGUACUUCACAGGUUAACCAACCACCCCUCAGGUAUGUAUACAGAUGGAUUAACAAAAUUCAGAAUAAUUUAAGGAAUUAUGCAACUGUAACAUGUUAAAGAAUUUCUCAGGUUUUUCCCACUCUUAACACUUGGGUGAGGUGGAACUAUUUCUUGCUCUAAAGGCAGCAGCUUGCUGAAUAGAAUGUUACUGGCAUGAAUCCCCAGGGAGAGCUCUUCUUAUUAGGGUGUGUGUAUGUGUGUAAAAGUGAUCAAGCGAUAGCAUAUCUUAAAGUUUACCUUCCCAGCUUAAAUUUGUAAACCAUUACGUGUAUUCUUGCUGUGUGUCAGUUGUUGUAUUAGUUGUUCUGCUGUACUAAGUUUCAGCUUGAUUGUAGCUUGUUGAGAAGACUAGAAUAAAAUAAUAUUUUCAAAAAUUUAGAAGACACUAAACAUCUCUCUGUCAUAAAUUAUCAUCUGGGACCACACUAUAGAAGUUCCCUCUGAAUCUCAGGGAGAAAGGAAACUAUUUAUGACAAAUAAAAAGCAUUCUUUAGUCCACUGCUCAUGACUAAAUCCAUCCCAUUGAUCACAAUCAGAAUAUCCCAGUGUUUGGAGGCUAAGGCUUUGAUCUAUAUCAAAUGACAUACCUCCCUACAUCAGAAAAUAUUAGUUACAUUCCUGUCCUCUAGCUGAAAGGUCUAGAGUUACAUACCGGAGUUUCAGAAGAACAGAUGUUCUGAAUAUCAGUACCAUGUAACUGUAUGGAAAGCAACAAGUCCAUGAAUAGGCAAUAAGCAGGGUGCUCUCCUCUAAGUCCUCCCAUUGUAUAGCGUUGCUGUUCACAGUUGCUGCAUGCACAGGAGUUACAUAGAAGGCAUGUCAGUUGGAUCCAAGGAGAUACAGUUACCUGGAUGUACAGUUACUUUUAAAUUACAGUUGCCAUCCAAGACACUUCAAAAAUCCAAAUGCAGCCCUCAGGUAUUUCAUCUUUUGCUUUAUAUAAGGGGGUGGGCAGUUGCUCUCAUAGUUUUUUUUUUCCCCAGAACUACCAUUUAAAGUUUCUAUGGUCCAUCCCCUAUGGCCCAGCAGGAUCCUUGUAUUAUGACUUAUGCUGGUCAUAUUUAUUGCCAUAGCAUGAGACUUAAUAGUGAAAGUCAAUUAGAGGCAACCUUGAGGGGAAGCCUUCGUGAGAAUCCAGGACAUCAGAUUUGCUACACUGACUAGAACUAUGGCUGCUCCUGAUACAUACGUGUCUGACAGCCAUGAAGAAAUGUUUUAUGUCUCUCCUCCAGAGGUUAAUUUUUCUUAAUAACUCAUGGUGGAACUGUGAAGCCCUGAGUUGCAUAUGAUUUUCUGAGUGAAUGGGCACCUUUGUUUUGUUUUCCAAUACCCUUUCUGAUAAUGAUGAGUUAUUUUUUAAUCUACCCUAGCAUAUUGAUCAGGCUAAAUUAAAUUCCUCUCUGCUGUCUUAUUGAUGCCUCAGUGGGAUAUAUUAACUAGAGGCAACAGCAGUUUGAACUAAAUGCCUACUCUUGUCCAUUUUGUACUUCCCUUACAUCUGUGCUUUCUUCCACAUAAUCUUGCAAGAAUUUAUUUCAUAUAUUCUUUUCAGCUGAGCAUUUCAAAACUCAGAUGUGUGUUUGUCAUCUUCGGUUUCAGUGUAUACUUGAAAUUCCAAGUCUUUUGUCAGGAAAAAAAAAAAAAA